AUGCCUUCUGUUUCAAUACGGCCAGUAUCUCUAUUUGCCAUCUCUGACCAUGUUUCCAGAAAAUCACCUUUCGAGUAUGGAGUGUUGAUAGGUUCACAAACAAAAGAGAACAUUACUGUUCAUGAUGCCUUCGAACUCAAGACAGAUAAAGAUCAGAUUGAUUUUGCUUACCUUGAAAAAAGGCUAGGCAUGAUUCUGACAGUGAGCCCGUUUGCACAGUUGGUGGGACUUUACACAAUUGGGGAAGAUGCUACAAUACCGGAGUCUUUUUGGGAACAGUUUUCGGCCAAAGAGGUAGUUUUUCCUUCAAUCUACUUAACAUGCAACGGAGGCGAAACUGUUUGCUUUUGCAGCCAAACUAGAGAGGAAAUAAGAUGGAUCAUUGCAUCAGGUGAAACUGACGAAAUAGCAACAGCCACUAUUCACAAUCAUAAAAACUACACAUCUGGAUCACAAGAUCUAGUUUCAGAGCCUAGUGACUCACUAUUGACAUCUUUGGAACAUUUACGUGAUCGAGUCCAAAGUAUAGUGGCAAAUGAUGAAACUGAUGUUACAACGGAGCUGAAAUUGGUUCAUCUAGCCAACAUUGUAUCAAGAGCCCCUGAAGAUAUGAAUGAAGACACACUACUGUUCUUUUCGGCGAAAUUGGCACUUCUAACUAACCAGAUAUCCGCCGUGAAAACAUUAGACAUUCUGAAUAGCCGGAAGAUCGCUACGUAUCUGAUUGGAGCGAUGCAAGACAGACCUCGAUGA